CGCUCGGGACGGAAACUCAGUUCGCUGCGGAUUUUCACGGGAAAAACAACACACCACACAUUGGGGCGCCCCAUUUCACUUCUGCUCUGGUGGUGCUAGCGACUGGUGGUGGCGCGGUUGCAUCGUCGCGUGCUCGUGUGUGUUUGUGUGCGUAUGUGUCCGUAGUAGCUUUUUGGGGGUGGUGCGUGGAAGGGGGGGAAGUGUCCUCGUGGGGUGGCCACGCGGCCUGUGGCGCCUGUGUGUGAGAGUGUGAAUUUUUCCGAGAAAGGAUUAGAAUUCGUCGUAGCGAUUUUAUUGACGAGUUUUCUUUUUUGUUCGUUCUAAGGUGAACAGGAAGGAAUGAAUUGCCAAACUUGGCCAGUUUAAGUUUUUCCGAGGACCAAAAGGAUUGCCACGACACCACGGAAGAGGGAGGAAAAGUUUUUCAGGUGUCAUUACUGUAGAAAACGAAGAAAAAAGUGAAACAGGUGAAAAUUCCGACCCGGAAUCGGUUACGUGUACGAAAACGAUCCUGUCGUUCCGAGGUGGACGAAAAAUUUCCGGUAAUUUGAAUCUCCAGCAGGAAAAUUGCUGCCGGAAAACUGGAAGAAAAACGAAAAGUUUUUCCAAUUCAAUUUGCCUUCUUAAGGUGAUACUUUGGUGGACGAGCCCGCUUGCAAUUGCGAAACAAAAAAAAACGAAAAAACUAACCGAAAAGUGCUGAGUGAGUGAGAAAGUGGGAAAAGUCUCGGAAUUUCCUCUCAUUUUCACACGUUACGGAACCCCCCCAAGGAAGUCAAAACAGUAAGGAGGUGCAAAUAAUCGUUACGGUCGUCGUCGUCAUCGGCACGCGGUGGAGAAAAAGUUUAAAUAUUUCCCAGGAGAUAAGGAAAGUGUGCUGCAGAGGAAAAGCGUUUGCAGAGGUGAGAUCGGAAAAAGAACGAAGUUGGAGGAAAAAAUCUAAUCAAAUUUUCACGAGGACGAAGAAGAUCGCAAAAGGAAAUUGAGCUAGGAGGGCAACAAAGACACACACUCGCUCUCUCUCCCUCUCGCUCGCUCAUAAAAGGGGAAAAACCGUGUGAAAAUUUAAUGAAAUUGAAAAAAGAAAAUGCAUAAAGAAUAAAAGUGCACCAAUACGCUCGCAAAACAAAUUUCGAAACAGUGGUGAAAAGUUCUUCUUUUUGUCGAGGGGCCAACACGAGUGAUAGCGCAAGUGAACAAGAGUACUCGAGUAAGAGCAUGAAGAAGAACUAAUCACAGCUCGUUGGUAACUGUAGUUAGUCGCUGAGAGAAAAAAAAAAAAGAAAGCAGAAAGAACGAGACAACUUGUGAAAAGUUAGACAAGCUGAAGGAAAAAGAGAGAAAAGAUAAAUCUUAAUAUUUCUCGCGUGAGUAAAGUGUAAGUGACAGUGCCAGCUUGUCAGCGGAAAAGAAGAAGAGCAAAAAGAAAAACGAGAGUGUGUGAAAAUUUUCGCAAUAAAAAAGGAAAAAAAAGUGUAAAAAAAAACUCCGCAUCGUGAAAAUUUGGCAGAGAGGAGGAGCAGCAGAAGAGAGUGGAGGAGCAAAGUGUCAAAAGGAAGAUCAAGUGAGCGCGCUUCUAAUUCAAACGAGUUGAAACGCCAACCGGACAAUUUUGAUUGCAAAUCGACAAUAUCGUGUGAACGCAAUUGCUACCGUCGCUGACCACACGGGCGCUGAUACGCGGCGGCGCUGGAACAAUUGGAUUAGUUCCAGGUGAUAAAUGUUCCUGAUAUCUGAUUGAAUGUUUUGAUUGCAGACAUUGUGUGCACAAGAUGUCCUAAUAUGGGUUUCCCGUGCGGCGAAAAGGCGCAUCCUCGCACGACGUCACGACCCUCGGAGCCAAGCUGGAACGAGCUACCAAUCGGCUGUGAGCAACAACAACAACACCUGCUGUUACCAACAACCACCAACACCGUCAACUUGAGCAACCUGAACUCCACUUCCCGCAAGCAUCAGCAGACAACAUUUCAUCGCGCCCGCACCCUCCAGUCCAAACAUCCUCCUCCGGCGUCGGCAGCAUUCCCGGAAGUGUCGCCCAGCGGCUUUCAUUAUCCGUUUAACCUUUUCCAUCCGUUCCACGAUCCGGCCUCGACGGCGACGACGACGCUCCAGCAGUACUCGACGAUUAUUCUCGGCAAGCUCUCACAAUUUAUCACCAAUCAUGUAGCGGCCAGGAGUGGCGGAGGAGGGGGCGGUUCUCGGAGUCCGGAACUGCUGCUGCUGCCACCCUGGUCCCCGUGCACCCGCCACGCUUCCGACGGCCCCUCGGUGCAUUCCCACGACACCGGAAGGUCGUCCCCAGCUGAUGCCAUAGGACCUUCCGAGAAGCGCCAUCACUCAUCAACCCCCGUGCUCACCUGCGAAGAGGCCGCCGGCAGUAACCCGAGAGUAAUUGUGCCGCCGGAAUCUGCUCCAACAACAACCUGUGAUCCUGCUGCAACGUCAGUUGCCUACCUUGGGGGGUGCACCGAGUCUUCUUCGUCGCCGUCGUCACAAUCUAUCAGCCCAGAUGCCGGCCUCGGCGACUGUUGCAGCAACCAUCCGGCAAAGGACAGAAACGACGGCAACCGGCAAACGACUUUGACUUGUGGGACCGAGACUAGGACGGGGAGGGGGACAGGGACAGGGACGUCGGACGCCAGACCUGCUAACACUGCUACAACUUCUACUGCUACCGCUACGAGUAGUCAUUAUCUUGUAAGACAUUCACUCUGUUUAUAUGCAGCAUCUAGCGUUAUAUUAGCGUUAUGUUAUCUAACAAUACCAACAGUUGCCUCAGACACACCACACACUAUCAGAGGAAAAACGCGAUUCGCCGAAGGAAAGUCAGACAAAGAGAUUCUAGAUCAUCUGUUAAAGGGUUCGCGAUACGACAAAAGGUUGCUACCACCGGUUGACGAUGCGGAUUUCUGCUGCGGUAUGCAAACACCGGAAAUGGCAAAGCACAUGCCCGAUACACGCGUUCCAGGACGUCCCCAGAAUCGCGGUUCUUUGACUGUAAAUGUUAGUGUUCUACUAUUAAGCUUAGCGUCGCCAGAUGAAUCUAGUCUGAAAUACGAGGUGGAGUUCCUGCUCCAGCAGCAGUGGUACGACCCGCGGCUGCGGUACGCGAACCAGUCCUCGUACGAGUUUCUGAACGCGAUCCACCACCACGAGGACAUCUGGCUGCCGGACACGUACUUCAUCAUGCACGGCGACUUUAAGGAUCCGAUCAUCCCGAUGCACUUUGCGCUGCGGAUAUUCCGCAACGGUACGAUCAAUUAUCUCAUGAGGCGCCACCUAAUACUGUCGUGUCAGGGAAGACUGAACAUUUUCCCGUUCGAUGAUCCGCUGUGUUCAUUCGCGUUAGAAAGCAUAUCGUACGAGCAGUCGGCCAUCCGGUACGUCUGGAAGAACGACGAGGACACUCUGCGGAAGAGUCCUUCGCUGACAACCCUAAAUGCGUACUUGAUCCAGAACCAAACCAUAACCUGCCCCAUCAAGGCGAGCUGGAGAGCUGAAGGACAAGCCCUUUCCGAAGAGGACGAAGAGUUUCUUUGUAAUUUAUGUCAGAGGCGGUUUGAGGAGCAAGGUAAUUACAGUUGCCUGAAAGUAGACCUAAUGUUUACACGUGACCGGGCGUUUUAUUUCACCACCGUAUUCAUACCGGGCAUCAUCCUGGUGACCUCGUCCUUCAUAACGUUCUGGCUGGAGUGGAACGCGGUGCCGGCCCGGGUCAUGAUAGGCGUCACAACCAUGCUGAAUUUUUUCACCACCUCGAACGGUUUCCGCAGCACACUGCCGGUGGUUUCGAACCUGACGGCGAUGAACGUGUGGGACGGCGUCUGCAUGUGCUUCAUCUACGCGUCCCUGCUCGAGUUUGUGUGCGUCAACUACGUCGGCCGGAAACGGCCUCUGCACAACGUCGUCUACCGGCCGGGCGAAAAUCCGGUCACCCAGCGUCUUCCAGCUGUCCUAAACAGGAUCGGGAUAAUUCUCGCGAGUCCCCUGACGUCAAGAGUAUUCUCGGAAACGAUCGAAAACGAGUUCCACAUGGCGAUCGCUGCCGAGAAGUCGACUUCCGCUAAUGCUGCUGCUGCUGCUGCCACCUCCGCUGCUGCCACUUCCGCCGGUACCGCAACUUCCGCUUCUGCCGCUAGUCCAAGGGCCACGUCCAGACCGGCCAGCACCAUCAUGCUGGAGGAAGGUCUGGGCGAUGGCGGGGCUGACGUUCAGCCACGUGGCACCAUCCGCCGGCAGCCAACGGUCGAGACCAAGCUCAACGAAAGUGGGCUGAUGGAAACGAGCUUUCCGGGUGUGAAGAAGCGGGAAUCCGGCGGCCCGAACGAGAUUGUGGCCUGCACGAGCUGCGCCGGCGGAACCAGCCCCUGUACGCAUUCGGCCAACAAUGGCUGCGCCACUGAGACAUGCUUCGUCCAGGUGCGGAAAAAGGAGCCGCCCCACCCGAUCCGGGUGGCCAAAACGAUCGACGUGAUCGCCCGCAUCACCUUCCCGUCGGCGUACGCCGUGUUUCUCAUAUUCUUCUUCAUCCACUACAAGGGCUUCUCCUAGAAUACGAUCAGCAAGCACCUGCUGCACACCGUCUACACCAACGACAACAACCUGCUGCAAUAGAAGGAUCACACUAAAGACACAUUUGAAAUUAGUUAAUUUUUUCGUCAAUUCACACAUUUAACAAAAGGCCGCCAUUUUGAUAAAAUUAGAAAACUUAUAUCAAGUGCACAUGGAGAAGCUUCGAGCAAACACAAACACACACUCACACAAAACACACAUCAAGAAUCAGACAAGAGUCGGAGAAACGAAAAUUUUCAGUGAAGGGAAUCUGAAGGAAAACUGUAAAAAGCGAAAAUGAAAAGUAGAACAAGGAACAACAAAAACAAAUACUGCCUUUUAGUGAAAAAAAAAACAACAGCAAAAGUAAAUCAAAACAAAACAACAUAGAAAAGUGAACAUUUUGAAUGCUGUAAUGACAAACAAAUAGAUAGACGAUUGUGAAAUAACUGUACAUACAAACACAUCAUUUCGCGUAACACACACACACAGACACACACACUCUAGUCAAUCUCGGUUUAAGUUAAAAAGGUUAAAUUUAAAGUUUAAAGUGCAGAUAGUUAAUCGAAUAAUCGAAGAAACCAGUUACCAGUGCGUAUAUGUUAACUUCUUUCCAUAUUACCAAUGCAACUAAAGUGAACAAAUAGAAGCUACUCCUAGAGUGCGCGCGCAGCAGCUAGAACAAAUAACAAAAAAAAGUUACAGGCAAAUUUACCCUUAAUUCAGCCCUGGGCCCACGCCGCCGCCGGCUCAGAUUUCGCGUUGAGUUUCCAAACUGAGAGUGGCAGGGAGCGAUGGGAAGAGACGAACCAAACACGCCAAGCAAAUGACAAAAUAAAAAUCGCAAUCAAAUAGAACUCUAGUCAGAGGAUAAGAAAUGAAAGAAAAUAUAGCAAUAUUAUUUGAAUAAAGUCUAAAUAUAAUUAUAUGAAAGUUUAUAUUGAAAAGAGUAAACAACCACAGCAAAAAAAAGAGGAAGAAACGAUUUAAUGAUACAGCUUAAGAGGUAAGGCGGAAGUAAUCUAGUCAGAUAAGCACACACGAAUGCAAAAAAAACAAAACCAACUUUAUAUUUUUCUGAACAGAACUAAAUACGUAGACGAAACUGUAUUUUAUACCCAUUUUCUACACAAAGUCUACGAGGUAAAAAGUUUCCGUUUUACAACAA